AAUUAGUGAUUAAAGAAGUGACUAAAAUAAGAGAUAAUUCCCCGCAGCUUACACCUGUCGCAGCUUUCAUUGCGCCCCGCAUUGCCCCCCAAGUUUCCGUACCCUUUCCUGGACUUCGAGCUUAUGGGCGCAGUUGGAUCCGCUCUGAGAUCCCCAUUAGUCGACAUGUCUACCAAGCAAGCGAAAUUCGUUGAAAACACGAUUGCCAGCAAUAAAGUGGUGAUAUUUAGCAAGACCUAUUCCUACUGCACUAUGGCGAAAGAACCCUUCAAAAAGCUCAACGUGGAGGCCACCGUAAUAGAACUCGAUGGAAAUCCCGAUGGGAACGAGAUUCAGGCGGUUCUGGGCGAAAUCACAGGGGCCAGAACGGUUCCCCGCGUCUUUAUCGAUGGCAAAUUCAUCGGCGGCGGCACAGACAUCAAACGAAUGUUCGAAACGGGCGCUCUGCAGAAAUAUUUCCAGUAAAAAUCCGAUCGUGCAAUAUCCUAAACUCUGUGCAAAGUCUUAUUCAUUUUUAAAAGUUGUAGCACGUUGUACUAGUUAAUGUUCAAAGUCUUAAAUACAUUCUUUUAAAUAAUGUCUGCUUGUAAACA